AUGGUGCAACUAGUCAACCUCCCGAAGGAAGUUAUCCUCAUCAUCUGCUCUGUCAUUCGAUCCGAGCGCUCUCCCAGGCACGUGCUCCACACCACAGAUGAAGAGAUUGACCACGUUCUUCAUCAGGUGCAGAAGAGUGUCACAAACCUCUCUCUAGUCAACAAGGAGUUUCGCGGACUCUUAUUUAGAGAGUCAUACACGUCAAUUAGCAUCGCUGGGAAAACAUCAGCGUCGAAAAUGAUAUCGCUCUUGCGGCUGGUUCGAUGGAACGACAUCAUCCGCAAAUCUAUCAGGGACUUCCACCUACACAUUGACGAAGUCGAUGAGAGCCCCGGGAUGGUGCAAGAAGCCGACAUCAUGUUCCUGGAGCAGACAGCUGCUUCAUUGGGCAUCACCAUCAAUAGGCGUCUCAGGUUCCUCCCCAUAUAUCCCGUGCCUGGGCGACUGUUCACAGUUUACGAGGCUUGCAAAGAAGGACCAGUCUCCUUCGCCUUUAUGGCCUCUAUUCUGCUCCUACUACACCUACACCGCAUGGAGGAGCUCUUUCUGGAAGUUUCAGAGUCUCAUCUCAGCUUCAUUGACAACUUUUGCGGUCUUAUAGAAGGCAUUCGCUUCCCGGCCCUCCAGUCGCUUGCUCUCAGAGGCACCAGUCGUGGUUUAGACCACCAUAAGUACGAAUGCGAGCCCAGUGGAUUACGAGACACAGAUCUGAAUAAUUUGUUCAUCGCCGCUCCAAACCUCUGCAACCUAUUCGUCCAACGUUACCAUCUCAUGAGCUUGCCCAGGAAUACUCGGAUCAGUUCUUUAGCUAUUCAUGGCGUGUAUGCCGAUUUUGAUGAGCUCUCAUCCAUCGUUGGGUCUUGCGAGCAGUUAAAAUCGUUCAUUCAUGUCGAGGCAGAGCAUCAGAUUGCGUCUAUGCACCGUGAAAUGCACCCCGUUGGUUCGUGCGGCGCCUUCGCCAGUGGCAAUCAGGCGUCGUUCCUACAUACAUUUGUUUUGGACUUCCGCCCCAACAAUUUACGGCGUUCGCUCAUGUGGCGAAUUUCCUCAUUUCCGGACUUUACACAGCUUAGGAGUCUGUGGAUCAGCGUAAACUCCCUCGACAAUGCGGCGCGUGAAGACGAGAACAACAUGCCAAUCAGUAACCUUCCUGCCUCUCUCGAACGUUUUCAUCUUGCCGGAAUCAGUUGGGAGAUUGCAGAAGACUUGUUAUGGCUGGCAGAUCAAAUUGAAUUGGGCAAAUAUCCUCGUCUGAGAGAGGUGUGUAUUGAAGGCGAGGGCCACGAUAUCACGAACCUUGUCAACCGGUUUAGGGAGUGUGGAAUCCAUGCCGACAGUAAGAUUGACAAACCAAUCAUGUGGUAG